GCAAAUUGUUUGACAAAUUGUCAAAUAUCAAACACGGAGUGUUGAUAUAUCAUUUUAACUGCUCGAUAAGUUAAAAAAAGAGAUUUUUUAAAAAUGAAUGCGCCUCCGACUUUUGAAUCAUUUUUAUUAUACGAUGGCGAAAAAAAGAUAAUUCGAGAGCAAGACACAAAAGUACCAAAUGCAGCUAUUUUUACCAUAAAUAAAGAGGACCACACUUUAGGAAAUAUGAUUAGAAACCAAUUGUUGAAAGAUCCAAAUGUGUUAUUUGCUGGAUACAAGCUGCCUCAUCCUUUAGAACAUAAAUUCGUAUUAAGAAUCCAAACCACAUCCGAUUACUCACCUCAAGAAGCUCUAAUGCAUGCCAUAACUGAUUUGAUUGCUGAAUUAUCUUUGUUUGAGGAGCGAUUUAAAGAAGCAAUUAAAGAGAAAAAAGAGGGUCUAGAUUAAUUUAUAUUCUAAUUUAAGAAGUAUAUAAAUGUAUAUUUUUGAUAAGUGAGUUACUUUAUGAAUUUAUGACAAUUUAUAAGAAAGUCUGCUGAGGAAAUAAAUGC